GGCAGGAACUAAAGAGUCCAAAAACCAAGCAGAACAUAACUUAAACAAAACAUGAUCCCAGACAUGACAAUGAUGGUCAGAAAAGUUAUUUUAAAAGGUUAUUAGUUUGCAGUGGAACAGAACUGUACUUCAUCAUAUCGAGAGACGACUGCAUGAAAGAGACAACAAAGACAUCUUGGCCAGCAGGGGGCGAUGCAGCCAGAGUGCGUGCAGUGAAGUGUGCGCGGCGCGGCUGCACUUGAUCAGCUCGGCGGUGCUGAAAAGGACAGCUCCUCCCCAGGCUGCAGAUAUGCUCACCCGGAUGCUCAAACUCAGGCUUCUCAACGCCGUGGCCCCGGCGUACUUCUUCACGGCAACAGUGGUCACUUUCAUCCUGCACUUUGGCUUCUUUGUCCCAACAAUCUUCCCCGACACGUCACAUGCGUGGGGGUCCACAGCUGUUCACUCCCUGGUCUUCCUUUUCCUCAUGUUCAACGCCCUGGGGAAUUACAUGAUGACCAUCUUAUACACGGCGGCGAGCGGCAACGAGACGGCGGUCCCGGUGUGUUCGCCACACUGCUCGGACAAAGUGGACGCUCACUAUCUACUGAACGGCCGCCACUUCUGCAAACUGUGCAAGAAGGUGAUAUUCAAGCGGGACCACCACUGCUUUUUCACCGGGAAUUGUAUCGGCAACAAAAACAUGCGCUACUUCAUCAUGUUUUGCAUCUACACCUCCUGCACUUGUUUGUACUCGCUGGUUCUUGGCGUGGCCUUCCUCACAGUGGAGUACUCCAUCUCUUUUGACAACCCGCUGACCUUCCUGAGCCUUCUCCCCCUCUCCACCGGCUACUUCUUCAUGGGGACCAUCUCCGGCCUUCAGUUCUUCCUGGUCCUGAUGCUGUACGUGUGGCUGGGCAUCGGCCUGGUCUGUGCAGGUUUCUGCUGCCAGCAGGUGCUGCUGGUGGCCCGGGGGCAGACCUGGUGUCAGAUGAAGAGGGGGCAGCUGGUGGAAAACCGCAACCCCUGGAGGAACAACCUCAAGGAUGUUUUUGGCACCAACUGGGCGCUGGGCCUCAUCAUGCCUGUGCACACGGUGGAGAUGUUCUCUGAAGAGGCACUCAAACAAGACUGAGCAUCUCAUCAUUCAUUUAUGAAAAACUUUUUUUUAAUUUACCCUAUUGAUCCGAAUAUAAGACGGUAGGAAAAAGUCUCAGGUUACAGAGGUUUUCCCCUGUCACUCACACACACCAGUGACUUGCAGGCCUGAUGUGACACAUGUGGGGUUUAACAGCAAAUUCUGGGUCCCGCCCCACCCUAAACCACAACGUUGUUGCCCCAUACACACACAUUUGGUGUGUUUACAUGCUCUUGAUAACGAAUUAGGUUUGGUUGGAACCAGCAUUUUAAAGACAUGUAAAAUUUUUAUUUUAAAAAUCUGUUUUAGAUAUUUUUAAGACUGGAUUGACAAAUCUAGAUGAACACUCGUAAAUAAAUCAUUUUUUAUGUUUUUUCUUUUUCUUUCAAAAAUAGUGCCAACAAAUUCAGUGUAAAGUGGCCAGAAUAUGAAGUAAAAAAUACUAUACUAUCUAACCCUUCAUUAUUGACUUAAUUAUGAUUAUUUUAUUUUACUUCAGAGUGUAAAGUAAAGAUUAGACAUUACACCUAUGAUUAUUAUAAGUGGAUACUGCAAAUCAUAAUAUUACAUCAUUAUUAUUUUUAUGAUUUUAUUAUUAUUGCAUCUCCCGGAAGUUAAGCCUCCCCUUGUCUUUGAAAUCUAGUGUCUCUAACAUUAAUUGAGAAUCCUUGAACUCACCACAGUUAUGGGCAAUAAGAUGCAAAAGUAAAACCAGUCCUAUGCUGCCGCAGAUAGAUUUAUCUUUUAUCACCUCAUUAAAAUUAGAAAAUACUGGUUCUUUGUGUGAAUUAUCAUUUCAUAUUUUUGAUAUAGGGCGUAUAGAUGCUAGUCUAGCAACUUGAGAACCAGCCUCCCCUGCAGAGGACAUUUGUGUCUUGUGUAACAGGGCUACAUUAUUUAUGUCUGAAAUUUGUAUCUAUGACAAAAGAAACAGAACAUAAUCAAUCAAAUGUCCACUAAAAAAAGGUUUUUAUUUCUCUUUAGGGAUGAAAUUUUAAAUUUUAAAGCAUACAUUUUUGAAAGAGUCAGUGAAAUGUCCAUUAAGUUAACAUUUACUAUGGAUAUCUUUAAGAAAAUAUUAACAAAAUACAAUUUUGAGAACACAUGUUUUUACAUAUUUUAAUAUAUUCAAAUACUCCUAAAUGUUUUUUCUAAACAUUUUUUUGGAAACAUGAUAGGUGUAACAUCCACAGAUAUAUUGCUACAAUCUAUUAGAAACUACAUUCAUAUUCUAAUAUUACAAAUCAAUUGAUGUGCAGCCAAAAAAGUUACUGCAGAUUAAUUUUCUCAAAUCACAAAAUAUAUACUCAGAACUUACGACACAAACCUUUUAAGUGGGUUAAGUUAACACUAACCAUAAACUCAAAACAUAGCUGUCCACAAGGUUAAGGUUUAGAUAAUGCUUAUCUACAAAACAGAUGUUUUUUAUUGUAGUCAUUUCCCUGAUACUGAAACAUGACUUUAAAAAAAAAAUCAUUCUUUUGUCUGUGAUUAUCUCGGAAAACAUUUUUCCAAGAACAGGUCUCGAAAAAAGGGGAACGUCUCAUAUUGGGGUCAAUAUGGUAAAUACUGAAUACAGUGGAACCUCAAAAUAGGAUUUGAGUUUCAACAAUAUGUCCUUGAGAAAUCUUCAAAAAAAUUAGAGAUGAAGUCGCACAAAAUUUGCUCAUGUCAUGCAAAUUUUUGGUUGAACUCCCAAUUUUUCCACUUUUAGAGGUUCAACUGUAUGUUUCAUCAUGACUUAAGUAUUCCUUGGCAUACAUUCCUAUUAGGAGAAGAGCCAUAUACAGUAAGUAUGUAAGAGUUUCAUAUUUAGUAGCUUUUUAAAAAGCGAUAUUUAUAGGGCAACCAGUAGGCUGAUGGUGAACAUACAGUAUACGGUACAUGAAUUGCUUUGCAUUUUUGCGCACAUACAGUAGAACAUCCAGGAAAUGUAUUUUUUACCAUUAUUACGUUUGAUGUUAAGGGCUCGCAGAAAAGAAUAUGUGUAGUGAUCCUCAUGCAUCAACAAUGCAGAGAAUGUGACUCAGCCUAGUUGGUGAUGGGCAGCAUGGGUUACAUACUGUAAUUAUCGAGGGUAUUAAUCACAAUGUGCCAUAAAAUCAUGUCUUACUUAGACAUUUUGUACACUCGGACCCCACAGAUGCUUAUAGUUAAUGAUGGGACCUUGUGGUAAUAGUAAGGACUUCCCACUGUUUCAACAUACUCAACAUUGUUUUUCUACAUUUAAACACUUUUAACUCUUACAGCGAGUUUGUCUUUUCCUUGUACACACACUCACAGUGCUGUAAGUGAUUUUAGAGUUUAGAAUUUUUAAAGCACUUUUCUGUGUAACGCAAGCUAGAAUCUUUGCGCCAGAAGAAAAAAUUACAGAAGAAAUUACUUUUCAAACAGUUUAAUGACCGUUAGUCAAGAGGACUUUUUGCAACAAAAUUCAGACACAUUUGGUUAUGUCUCCGUCUUACUAGAACAACAACUCUAAGUAUUGCAAGAAAGUAGUAUUGCCGAAAUAAAGAAUUUAACGUUGCCAGUAAAUUUGUCCAUGUGUGGCUUCCUGUCAUGACAUGUUGAUUUUUUGGAGAGCUUUCUGCAAAAAUGUAUAAAGUACAGCAAUCCAGGCCGCUCAAGCACUAACACAUAUAAUCAAAAGGCACAUUUAACAUUCAUGUUCACAUUAAAAAAACUAAGGAGCAGAGCAAUAUUGGGUAACAAAAGUGCAAGAGGCUGAUAUGUAACUAAUACUUCUCAGCUAUUAUAGUGCCAUUGUCAUCUCAGUAAUAAGCAAAAUAGAAAAAAGUAACACAUCCAAAAUAAAUACAAGGCCACAAAAUGUAACAUUUUUUUGGAAUUUGAAAAAAACAACAACACUUUUUCCAGAAAACUAGUUAAAAAAGUGUAAAUAAUAGCAAACAAAUAAAUAAUACAAGCAAGUUUUGCCAACUGCCAUUAUGGGAUUGGGGUGGAUAAUUCAAAUUAAACAGAACUUGAAAUAACACAUGUAACUAAUUCUCACAUUGACUAAAGAUGGAUUUGGUAACAUUAGCUGAGUUGGAGGGCGGUUGCAUGGAAUGUGCGUGCGUAACGCUAACAAUGUCUCGUAUCCAAAUUGUCAUCACACCUUAACUCAAAGUUGUCUACAGACUAACAACACGUUAUUAGUAAUAGAUCAUACAAAAA